UAGCUCCACCCACGAUCCACUUCCCCCACUGCCCGGAGGAGGCCGCGGAGUCUUCAAUGCAAACUAGCGGUGCGUCGUUUGUGGCCUUGCGUCGACUUGGGUCCAUGGCAUCUUUUUGUCACGGGGUUAGAAACAAGCUGGGGUUAAUAAUACUUGAUUCACCAGAUUCCGGGUUCUGGGUCGGAUCCAACCAUUAUUCCUAGUAUUCCUAGGGUUCCUAGUGUUCCUAGCAUUACUAGUAUUAUUCCUCUCCUUUCAUUCUUCUCCUUAUUCGGUCGAUAACGUUGACGUUGGAAAUUAUAUGUAAUUCAUUUUGCCGCAUUUCCUUUAUUUCUCUCGCUAUUACCUUGCCACUACUACCCGCUACUGGCCACUGGCUACUGGCUGCUGGCUGCUGGCUACACAUGAUUCCGGUGACUCGGAUACCUUCACAUUGUUGCUUUAUUCCGGAUUGCUAUCUGUGUCGUGUGAUCACCGGCAACCGGAAGAUAGCUUAGAAAUGGCGUCCGGCGAAGACGAACCGAUGCGUGAUGCUUCAAUUUCCGAGGUCCCUCCUGUAGCAAGUCAGCCCGCACCCUCACCCGCGGCAAAACCUCGCCGUCGGUUUGCUCCCCAGCUCGUUGAGGAGUCGGUUAAGUCGUCAGCAAACAAAAGACUAGACCUUCCUCUAAAGCCCUUAAUAUUGACACCCCCGGAUUCGACGGUCAAUUCGACUAGGCGACCUACGAGGGAUGCUUCAGUCCAAGUGAGCGACAUUGAAAUGCUGGAUGCGCCACCAGUCAGACCCAUUCGGCGCUUUGUUCCGGUUCCAAUUGAGACGACAUUCGACUCGUACAGGGUGAACAACAGUAAUAAUAGGAAGAAUCCCGUCGGUCCUACUGCGGAAUUGACACCAGACCCUUCGCCAACAUCACCAUACGCACCGGCGUUUCUAGUAGGUGGAGAAAACAAAGAAGAUCAAAGGCAAUCCAAACAAUUGCAAAAGCAAAAGAAACCCAAGAGAAAGUUUGCCCCGCAAUUGAUUGAGACGACAAGAAGAUCCAAAAAGGCAGAUCAGCCAGGCCCCGCCACCAAACCAAUAGAUAAGACGGAUAUCACGCCAGGUACAAAUCAUAUCUAUGCUCCGAAGCCAAAGCGAAAAGCUGCACCCCGAUCUGCCAUUUCCGGUACAUCGAAUGCUGCCGGCGAUGGUGAUGGUUAUCUAACACCACGUCGGCAGCAGUCCAUGAAGCCGCAUCCAAAUACUCGAAGAAGCACUCGACAAUCAUAUACUCCCGAUCUCGAUACUAUACUAUCAUCCGAGUCAGAUAAGUCUUCUGAGGAAAACGACGAUGAGGAGGAGGAUGCACCAGCGAUCAACAUCGGGAUCCCGGCUCUUUAUAAUGGAAUCCCGGAACAAGAUGAUGACGAUGUCGUUGGUGAUUCGUGGAGUAGCGGACGCUACCGUGUCCGCGAGAGGAGAGAGUCGUGCGACGAGGAGUUCUCGGGUUAUCUAUUAGCGGUAGCCGCUAGAGAGGCGCACAGACAGCGCGAGCUCGAAGCGGCUAUGGCUGCAUUCCCCAACGGUGUACGACCCGAGGGUGUGGAACAUUUCCUCGUUAGAGAUAAUUCCGAGGAUGACGAUCCUCUCGCCUUAGAUGAACGAUUAAGGCAUGGAACCUCACAGCUUCUACGACGCAAGGAGUCGGACCCGGGCUGGGCCGUCAAGGAAAUGCGAGCCCAUGCCGAAAAGCUAGCUCAGAUCAAGCAAGAGAGGAUGAACAUUGACGAAGAGUUGGAUCACGUUGAUAUACCUCCUCCUCCGGCAGACCCCUUAUGGACGACGUCCGCGUUCCGGACAUCUCUUGAUGAAAAUAUGAGAGAUGCUCCAAGCCCAAUAAUAAAUGCGCAUUCGCCGGCCUUGCUUGCCAGGGUAGAUUCGCAUCCUCGUGCGGCCUCGCCCGUGGUCCUCCCACCGGAACCUGGCUUCCGCGCGAGCCCAUUCGGCAUCCCUUUUGCCUUCCGUAAUAAUGAACCAGAAGACCCCCAGAUGCGAAAGAUGCGCAUAGCUGCCUCGCCGCCUAUGCUCGGUGGUGGUCUACAGUUCCGCAUGUGCCCCAGCCCAAAGUCGACACGUAUGGAACCUAGUCACCAAUAUUGCAACCUUGAGAAGCCUGAGCGGCGAGAUGCCACAGGGGCUACAGGGCUAUGGCGUGGCUACUGUUCUGCCAAGGCCAAUGACGCUGUAGACAUGACACACCCAGGACCCCAUCUCCUUAUGACGCCUCAGGAGCAAAAUACUCCCCAUGACCCCUUCUCCGCCGCCUUUUCCGCAUCUAUGAGUAUAAGUGGUGUCAUAAGCGGUGCACAGUCGCCCGGGGCUACGUCCCCGACAGGCAGGAGCUUUCAUAUGCUCUCGGGAUUGGAUGAACGGCUGAAAAAGGCGAAGGCACGUAAGGAAUUCGAGGAGCGCAUCGCGGUCGAGUUUGACGACGCCUUCGUUACACAAGUUUACAACUAUCUCAGUCUCGGAUAUCCCGCUACCGCGCGUGCCUUUGAUGGUGAACUGAGUAAGAUCAGUGGUAUCGACAUCGUGGAAUUGCGCAAGGAUGACCACAUAAAAAUCGAGAAGGGGUUCAUGCUACAGAUGGAGAUGAGCGUCCCAAAGGGUAGUUCGAUGACCGACUCCGAUAGCGGCGAGGAGACGCCACUGCGUACGCCUGAAGAGGACGAGAGAAGAACUCGCAGGAGAGCGAAGCCACCUCGUUGGAUCGCUCUGAAGCUUUACAUACGCGAGUGGGCACGCCAGCACCCUGGUCUCAAUGACUCCGGGACUGGCGAGAUGGCCUGGGGUGUCCGGGCUAGGAGAGGAAGCUGGGCUAUCUAGAGGGGGAAAUAGUGAUGCAUAGUUUUCAUUAUUGCGUAGCGCGGAGUAUCUGUCGUGUUUUGUUAGCUGGGGUAUUGUGAAGCAUUAAGGUUACUUGCUUGGGUACCUUAGGUAGUAUGAUGGGUUUGGGUUUGCCAUAGAAAAAGCAUCACCUGUUCAGGAGGAUCUCGGAUGUGUAUAUGGUUCGCUCACGGUAUAGCAGCCAUGGAAAGCCAAAAGGAGCGGGUUAUUCGGGUUUCUCGUGUCAUUGGGUUGGCGUUAUUUGGAUAGCCGCACUAUUUAUUGGGCGGAAGAGAAGAGCAGCGAACUCGAUCCGAGUUAGAGAAGAAGCAAUUUACUAGACUAGGGCUAUGUUAUUUAAGAGAGGCCCGGUCAAGUAUGACUACAAGCGAAGACAAAAGAAGCCAUUCUUUCAUUCAAGGCAUUGUGCUUCAAGGUCUAUCACGAGAUGGUUGGAUAGCUACGCCGUUUACAGGCGUGUAGACCUAUUAAUAGUUGUAAUUAUCAUGGAGGUUUACAUAGCGUUGUAGUAGUGUCUUAAGGGUUUGCCCAUAUUAGACAGUACUUUAUUUAAUUCCUUAGAAUGCUUCGUUGUUCAUGAAGAUGCCAC